CGCCUCGUCCCGCCCCUCCCUACCGUCCUCCCUCCCGUUCUCUCCGCUCCGGGCCCCACCCGGCUCAGACGGCUCCGGACGGGACUGCGAGCACAGGCCGCUCCAAGGGCGCCUCGGAUCCCCGCGGGACCCCCGCGCCCAGCCCGCCCAGCCCGCUGCAGCCGCCAGCGCGCCCCGUCGGCAGAUCUUCACCUGCUCGUCUCUCCGCGAACCCCGUGGGCAGGCGCGACCACCAUGUUCAGCUGGCUGAAGCGGGGCGGGGCCCGGGGCCAGCAGCCCGAGGCCAUCCGCACAGUGACCUCGGCCCUCAAGGAGCUGUACCGCUCGAAGCUGCUGCCUCUGGAGGAGCACUACCGCUUCGGGGCCUUCCACUCGCCGGCCCUGGAGGACGCAGACUUCGACGGCAAGCCCAUGGUGCUGGUGGCCGGCCAGUACAGCACGGGCAAGACCAGCUUCAUCCAGUACCUGCUGGAGCAGGAGGUACCCGGCUCCCGCGUGGGGCCCGAGCCCACCACCGACUGCUUCGUGGCCGUCAUGCACGGGGACACCGAGGGCACCGUGCCCGGCAACGCUCUCGUCGUGGACCCAGAUAAGCCCUUCCGCAAACUCAACCCCUUCGGAAACACCUUCCUCAACAGGUUCAUGUGUGCCCAGCUCCCCAACCAGGUCCUGGAGAGCAUCAGCAUCAUCGACACCCCAGGCAUCCUGUCGGGUGCCAAGCAGAGGGUGAGCCGAGGCUACGACUUCCCGGCCGUGCUGCGCUGGUUUGCGGAGCGCGUGGACCUCAUCAUCCUGCUCUUCGACGCGCACAAGCUGGAGAUCUCCGACGAGUUCUCCGAGGCCAUCGGCGCGCUGCGGGGCCACGAGGACAAGAUCCGCGUGGUGCUCAACAAGGCCGACAUGGUGGAGACGCAGCAGCUGAUGCGCGUCUACGGCGCGCUCAUGUGGGCGCUGGGCAAGGUGGUGGGCACGCCCGAGGUGCUGCGCGUCUACAUCGGCUCCUUCUGGUCCCAGCCCCUCCUCGUGCCCGACAACCGGCGCCUCUUCGAGCUGGAGGAGCAGGACCUCUUCCGCGACAUCCAGGGCUUGCCCCGGCACGCCGCCUUGCGCAAGCUCAACGACCUGGUGAAGAGGGCCCGGCUGGUGCGGGUGAGUUGUCCGGGGGCUGGGCGCGCAUUCUGGGAGGAGGGCGCAGGGGGAGCCCCUGCCUUUCCUCGGUCCUCGCCUACCAGUGCUGCGAGGCCCUGACUUACCAGUGCCCAGAUCAGUUUUCUUGAAGUUGGGUCAUUCCGGCGCGGAGUGGAGCGGGGAGGGGAACUGCAGGCAUGCUCAUUCCUCCGCCUCUCCAUUUCUGUGUCAAAUCCGUGGCUCCCUGGCUUUGCUGUCCUGAUAUUCCUUCUCUUCGUUCUUC